UUCAACACCACACAAAAAUACAGAAUCAGCUUAACAAUGCCAAUCAGUUCUUCCAUUCUUGAAAAUGGAACUAAAGGAGCAAAUAUGGGUGUGGUGGUGGUGAUGGUGCCUCUUCCGGCGCAGGGCCAUCUCAACCAGUUCCUCCACCUCUCCCGCCUCAUCGCCGCCCACGGCAUCCCCGUACACUACGUCGGAGCCGCCACGCACAUCCGCCAGGCCACCCACCGCGUCCACGGCUGGGACCCGCUAGCCGUACCCAACCUUCAUUUUCACCAACUCCCCAUCCCGCAUUUCCAGUCCCCGCCGCCCAAUCCCGACGCUUCCACAAAAUUCCCCACUCAGCUCAUGCCGCUGUUCUCCGCAACGUCGCAUCUCCGCCACCCCUUUACCGCUCUGAUUCGUAAUCUCUCCGUAGAUAAAAAGAGGGUUGUGGUAAUCGCCGACUCGUUGAUGGGUUGGGUGGUUCAGGACGUGCCUUCGUUGCAGAACGCCGAGCUGUACCGUUUCCGUUGCAUUUCAGCGUUUACUAUCUAUUCCUUCCACUGGGAACGCGCCGGAAAACCCGAAAUCCGGCCGGAAGCCGGAGUUCUGAACUGUCUGCCGUCGCCGGAGGGCUGUUUCAUACCUGAGUUUGCAGAAUUCGUGAAAACGCAGAGAGCGUUUUGGGAUGGAAUCUCCGGAGACAUUCUAAAUUCCUGCCGAGAAAUAGAAGCGCUUUUUAUUGAUCUCCUUGGGGAAGAAUCAAAAUCGGGAUCUCAAUGGGCUAUUGGUCCAUUAAACCCGGUUUUCCUCACAGACUCAAUCAAUAACCGUCACAAAUCCCUGGAAUGGCUGGACAGGCAAGAGAAAGACUCUGUUCUGUUCGUAUCUUUCGGGUCCACAACUUCACUGUCCAAUGAACAGAUCACGGAGCUGGGCGCGGGGCUGGACGAGAGCGGGCAGAAAUUCAUUUGGGUGGUGAGAGACGGCGACAGGGGAGACGUUUUCGACGGGGAAGCCAGGAGAGCCGAGCUGGCGGAAGGGUACGAGGAAAGAGUACGAGGAAGAGGGCUGAUUCUCCGGGAGUGGGCCCCGCAGUUAGAGAUUCUGGGGCACCCGUCCGUGGGAGGGUUCAUGAGUCACUGUGGGUGGAAUUCGUGCAUGGAGAGCAUUUCAAUGGGAGUGCCGAUCGCGGCGUGGCCGAUGCACUCGGACCAGCCCAGGAACGCCACGCUCGUAACGGAGGUGCUGAAAAUGGGGAUAAGUUUGGUGGACUGGGCGCGGCGAGACGAAGUGGUUGGGCGGAGAGAAAUCGGGGAAGGAGUGAAGAAACUGAUCGCGUCGGCGGACGGAGAGGAGAUGAGGCGGAGAGCGGCGGAGCUGAAAGAACUGAUCGCGGUGGGCGGCGGGUGUGACGAGUUGGAAUCCUUCGUAGCUCACAUCACCAGAUAACUUGGUUUAAAACAUAGCCAAUCUCAAUAUAUGUUGCCCACAUGAAUGGAAUUUAAUAUUGUUGUUUGCGUUUACGUUUAAGAUUUUCCUCCAACAAAUCUCAGAACAUGACCGUUUUCUCAUUGUGUUUAAUUAUAUUACGUUCCUAUUGA